AAAAGAACACCGUAAAGAUAUAAAUAAAAAAACGGGAACACUAUCAGUAAUAUCAGAACAUAAAAUAAAGUAUAACCAUGAAUUUGAAUGGGACAAUGUUAAAAUAUUAGACAAGGAACCAACAUACAGAAAACGGUUAAUAUCAGAAAUGAUACACAUAAAAAGACACACACAAGCAAUAAAUAAACAGAGUGAUACGGAUUUCCUACCAAAUACUUACUUACCUACACUGAGAUCACUCCCUCCAAUCAACAAAUAAUCAUACCAUCAGUAACGAUCUCUCAAGACAAGACGACUCAGUAAGAAACGAACAACACCAAAAGUAACAAGUCACAAUAAAAAUCAAUCCAGACAGUCAGAAGAAUUAAGGUGAGAACGACUAACAGCACACACAAUUUAAUUAAAUAAGAACAGUCAAACUAAGAACAUUAAACCAAUAAAUAAAAAUCAACAGUUGCCAUGUCUGACACACGAGGAAAAAGCAAGGGGUGGACAAAAAGUUCGUAAAAAUGGACAAAAGAGACCUACACCAAAAAACAACCAGUUUAAAUUUUGACUAAGAGACGCAACAAAAAUUAGAUUAGUAGAAAAACCGUCAUCCAAAACGCCCAGUGCAUUCAAGAAAUCAUGAAGUGGUUUUUGAUGCUGAUGACAAUUGCCAUUUGGCAAUGCAUACAAGUAACGGGCAAUCCUGUGAGUCAACGGAAACCUCGGAUACCGAUAAAUCCAAUGUCUCCGACUGAAUCUCCGUUCUCACCGUACCGUGAUGCAGAAGUAGUGAAUCCACUUUCAAUCCGGGAAGUAUAUCCGUUUUAUAAAGGCUUUCGGAGAGCAAUAAAGAAGGAAUCAGAACAUGCAACUAAAAAUAAAAGUAACGACAAAGAAGAGAAACCUACGAGCCACAUACGAAAAAGGGAUAUCGUAUUGCCUUCCAUAUAUAAAUGGUAUUAUUUGCAGAUAAGAUUUUUUAUGCGUUUUUUAAUCCAAAAUUUAGAUCCGUUAAUCUCUAGCAGUAAUUAAUUAUCUUCACGAUUGUUUAUAUACCUUAAAAAUUGUAUCGUACAUUUGAUGUGUUU